CAGAAGAAGAAGACCAGGCGGCAGCGAAGUCGUGUAACUGACGGGCUGAGACAGCAAGUGAAACACAAAUUGAUAAAUAGAAACUACAACAAUGCUUCCACUAUCUCUGCUGAAGACUGCCCAGAACCAUCCCAUGUUGGUGGAGCUGAAGAAUGGAGAGACAUACAACGGUCACCUGGUCAGCUGUGACAACUGGAUGAACAUCAACCUGAGAGAAGUCAUCUGCACAUCGAGGGAUGGAGAUAAGUUCUGGAGGAUGCCUGAGUGUUACAUCAGAGGAAGCACCAUCAAGUAUCUGCGAAUCCCAGACGAGAUCAUUGACAUGGUGAAGGAGGAGGUGGUGUCGAAGGGCCGCGGACGUGGAGGCGCCCAGCAGAACAAACAGCAGGGAAAAGGAAGAGGAGGAGCCGGCAGGGGUCUGUUUGGCGGCCGUGGCAGAGGAAUGACGGGUCCUGGUCGGGGCCAGCAGCAGCAGAUGCAGCAGCAGGGGGAUAAGAAAGCAGGCAAACCUCAGGGAAUGAAGAACCAGCACUGACAAACAACAUUACACCUUCAACAACACAUCCUGUUAUUCAGAGCGAUUUCUCCUUCAAUACACGAAGAUAAAUUAACUCUGGUGUUUCCUUCUGCUGUGAUGUUUUUCAGAAUUGACGGUUGCAGAAGUCACACUAGGAGAAAUUAGGAGAAGCUGUGCUUUAGCACUGAUUUUUUUUUUUUUAGCAUUUUAUAAGUUGGUAUUAAUAUUAUUUUUAGUAUGACCAUGUACCAGUGUAUCAGACAGAGGUGACAGAAUCCUAUUCACGAUAGUAAUAUGUAUGAUUACAACUUUUCAAGAAAUUUUGUAUCAUAAAUCCCAUUGUAUUAACAGUUUUUCUUCAGUUGAAACACUGGAUUGAAGUUUUUAUUUUCAGUGUUUUGUUCCCUUCUUUUUCCAGGUGUAGUUUUCAUGGUAACGAAACUGCCCAGCCCCAACUUCUGUUGCAUGAAUAUUUUUUAAUGCUCUUUAUUUUUGUGUUGUUUGUGACGUUUUGGGGUUUGUCUGCUGCGCUGUAUGGUCAGUGGGUGUACCAGUACACUGGCAGUCGGGCGAGAAUUCGUUCCCUGAAAAUUAACACUUUCGUUAAGGCAUUUAUAAGAUGACACAAAACGAUGAUUAGGAUUUCCAGAAAAAAAGAAAAAAAAAGAUUCUCAUAUUCUUAAAAGGAUAAGUCCAAUAUAUGUCAAGGUAGUUGGGUUUCAUUUUAUUUUUUGAACAAAAGACGAUGUUGUAAUUUAUUUACAUUGAGAACAUGAGAAUAAAAAGACUUUUGUUAAAGCGGU